AUGUUCUGGAAUUGUAGAGGAGUUGCUAGUAAGGCCUUUUACAUGUAUUACAAGCAUUACACUAACAAUUACAAACCUAGUGUGUUAAUUAUUGUUAAGACUAGAUGUGGUCCUGGGAAGCUGGAGAAUUCGUUUAAGAAGUUGGGCUUUGACGCAAUGGUUGCUAGUGAUAACACAGGAUAUGCAGAGGCCAUUGUUAUAGCUUGGAAAACAAAAGAGAUUAAUGUUCAAGUGAGCGUUAAGGAUAGACAGUUUAUUCACGUAAAGGUCUACAUGGAGCAUGGUAAGGACUGGUGGUGCACGACUCUGUAUGCGAGCCCUCAUAACAGUAGCAAGAACCUGGUGUGGGAGGAGCUAAAGAAGCUUGCCGAUGACAUGGAGGAACCGUGGUUGAUUAUGGGAGAUUUCAACAACAUUGCUAAGAGGAGUGAGAAAAAAGGAGGACUGACAGCUUCAAUGACUAUAUGCCAAAGAAUGAAAAAUAGAAUGGACGAUUGUAAGGUUACGGAUAUGGAGACGCAUGGGCCGAAAUUUACAUGGAGAGGCCCAAUUUUCCAUGGCAGUCAAAGAAUUUAUGAGAAGUUAGAUAGAGGUUUGAGUAAUGAUGAUUGGAAUUUUCAAUUCCCUGAAGCCUACAUUAAAGUGUUGCUGAGAGUGGACUUUUCAGACCACAUCCUUAAUAAGCCUUAUGGGGAUCAUUUUCUUACUCAAAAGUGGCCUUUUAGAUUUGAAAGUGCGUGGAUUUUGAAUGAGACGUAUAACAGUAUGCUACAGGAGGCGUGGCAAGAGGAGCAAUCUAUUCUAGUCAAUCUUGAAAAUGUUACGAGGGGUAUAGAUAAGUGGAAGUUAGAGACAAUUAGGGUUGCAUGCGAAGGUUAUAAAAGCAGAUUCAAGUGGAGCUUAUUGAUAUUCUAA